GAUGGUUCUCUUGGUAACAUAGAUGACCUCGCCCAGGAGUACUCCGAGUACUACAACACCUGCUUCAGUGACGUCAGCGACCGCAUGGAGGAGCUUCGCAAACGCCAAGUCUCCCAGGAGCUCGACAUGGAGAAACAGGAUCCAAGCAGUACCUCUCUGCAGCUUCGUAAUGAGAUCCAGGAAUCCUUAGGCUUCAGCAGUGAAGUGUCCACUCCUGAAACAGACAGAAAACUGUCCCUGCACAAAUCCAGCUCUGAAGAUGGAUCAGGAGGCAAGUGGGAUAACAAGAAGAAAAACAAGUCUUUCUGGCAGAACUUCCGCAAAUCUCAGCACAAACCCGUCGUUCGACAGUCAUCCAAAGGAGAGGAUAUCGGCUACGUGGCCAGUGAGAUCACCAUGAGCGACGAGGAGCGGAUCCAGCUGAUGAUGAUGGUGAAAGAGAAAAUGAUCACUGUAGAAGAAGCUCUGGCUCGGCUGAAGGAGUAUGAGCGCAGCAAACAGUCCAGCAGUGCCGACACUGCAGAGUGGACUGAAGGAUCUACAACCAAUCUAAACCAGUCCUCGAACUGCAACCAGUCUCGUGAACAGUCGGAUGACGAGCAAUCCGAGGACUCUGUGAAGUUCAGACGGCUGCACAAGUUGGUUAAUUCAACACGCAGAGUUAGGAAAAAACUCAUCAAGGUGGAGGAGGGCAAGAAACAUUCUCCUGAAGAUUUUCUGAAUUUGGAGACGUCACCGCGCUGCGAAGACAACACCGCUCUCUACACGGGGGUUCUAAAGAAGCCCCCCCUGCCCCAGGAGGCUUCGCUGCACUCCCUCACCCACGACCAACUCUCUCUGGACGGAGACUCGGACAGUUUGACGACCUCGCCGUCGUCCAGCAGCCUGGACACUUGGUCUGGACACAAGCUGGUGAAAACCUUCAGCAAAUCUUCCAGCACCCACGGUCUCAUCCGGCCCCCGAGGAGAACCACGGUUGCCUCCAGCGACCUCGGCGGCUCCAUCUCUGGCGUAGCGGGUAGUGGCUCGUCCUUCUCAGAGCUCGAUGGGUGCGGUUUAGACGAUGAGGGGAAGCUGCAACGCUCCACAACGGAUGGCGAGAUGAGGAAGGCCCUAAGCUCCAUAUCUCACGGGAGGACGUGCAGCUUCGGGGGCUUUGACCUGUCCAACCGUUCUCUCCAUGUGGUCAACACGGGCUCCGAGGCCAACAACAAAGAGCAGGAGGCGAUAUACAGAGAGGUGGUCAAGUCUCCCACCACGUCGCGGAUCUCGCUCGGCAAGAAAGUCAAGUCCGUGAAGGAGACGAUGAGAAAACGCAUGUCGAAGAAAUACAGCAGCUCCCUGUCUGAGCAGGUGGUCAGACAGUGAGCACCACUGACUCGUCAGCCAGCAACAGGGAGAGUGUGAAGUCAGAGGAUGGUGAUGAUGAAGAACCGCCUUAUAGAGGACCGUUCUGUGGCCGGGCCCGGGUCCAUACGGACUUCACACCCAGUCCGUAUGACACAGACUCACUCAAACUGAAGCGAGGUGACGUGAUCGACAUCAUCAGUAAGCCCCCCAUGGGCACAUGGAUGGGCCUGCUCAACAACAAAGUGGGCACUUUCAAGUUCAUCUAUGUGGAUGUUCUGAGUGAGGAAGAGGAGAAGCCCAAGAGGCCCGUGAGGAGGAGGAGGAAGGGCCGACCGCCCAAACCCACAUCAGUAGAGGAGCUUCUGGAGCGCAUAAACCUCAAGGAGCACAUGCCCACUUUCUUGUUCAACGGCUAYGAGGACUUGGACACGUUCAAGCUGCUGGAAGAGGAAGACCUCGACGAGUUGAACAUUAAAGACCCUCAACACCGAGCAGUGCUGCUCACCGCUGUAGAGCUGCUGCAGGAGUACGACAGCAGCAGUGAUCCGGAGCGCACCGGUCUGUCGGGAUCCCAAGAGAAGCUGCUGCGCGACGGUCGGGGUCUGGUGGGCGACUCGCCGAGGGACUCUGGGUGCUACGAGAGCAACGAAAAUUUGGAAAAUGGUAAAAACAGGAAAGCGUCCCGUUCCACUCGCUCCUCGGCAGGACUUCAGUCUCCAGACUACCCGACGCUGCCUCUGUUUUCUUCAGAUGCUCUGCAACACAACAGCAAAAACCAGCGCACAAAGUUCCCAAAAGGCUUCUUCGUCAAGCCUUCGCUGAAGGGUUUCAACUUCCGAGGGCUGCGUAAAACCCAAAGACGCUCGCCCAUCCCAGCCAGCCGCAGCUGUGAGGACCUCGACGGUCCGCCACAACCUACUGGACCCUGGAAACGUUCCCACUCUCUGGGAGAUCUGCAGUGGGAGCAGAAUUUGGAGCAGAAAGGUGAUCUGAGGGUUGUGCUAAAACCCACAAAGGAAAUGCCCAGAUCAGGCAACAGCAGUCCCGUCAAGGUGUUUAGAGAGGAACGUUCUCCGAUUAAAAAUGUCACUCCAACAGUAAGCCCUAAAGGGAGAGUUGAUAGACCACCCAUACCAUCCCAACUUCCUCUUCGCUCCUCAUGUCCGACAAUCCAGUCCUCCCACCCUACUGAACCUCUCUCAAGUCCCACUCCAAGUCCUCCUGAUUCUAGUGCAAGUGGGGAGAGGGUCAUCCUGACUCAUACCAAAAAGCCUCCCAUCCCGCCUCCCGUUCCUGCCAAGAAAUCGAAAGAAAGACUAGCCAACGGCAUCCGUCACCCAUCUCUAUCCCUGUCUUCCUCGCCGUCCCCCACCGCCUCGCCGACGCAUUCCUUUCAUCGUUCUCAACCAAGCAGCCCCGUAACCCGCAGCCCAAUCCCCAGCCCCAUCCUCAGUGCCCCGGCUCUACCUGCCAAGACCAUGAGUCCGCCAGCGAGUCCGUGUGCCCACUCUUUAGGCGACGAAUCAGACUCGGCACCAGCUGUGCAGCCUCCAUGGCUCUCAGAUCUUGGAGGUAAAAUGGCCGUUACGAGGAAGCUCUCCCACAGCAAAAUGAGUCCUGAUCUGCACUCCCUGCUGGAGCAACGGCUGCUGGCUGAGGGCAUCGAUCUGACUGAGGAGCCUUACUCUGGCAAGCAUGGCCGAUGUGGCAUCCCUCAGGCGCUGAUACAACGUUACUCCGAGGACUUGGAGCUGCCUGCCAAAGACGUAGCCUCUACAGUGGACCAGCUCCGAGUUAAAGAACUCCGGAAACAACAUCGCAUGGCUAUCCCCUCCGGCGGUUUGACAGAGAUGUGCCGAAAACCUGCUCCCACAGGUAACGUCAGCACCGUGUCCGAUUGGCUCGUCUCCAUCGGCCUGCCCAUGUACGCCUCGUCCCUGGCGGCGGCGGGCGUCGACACCCUGAGUCGCGUGGCCUUGUUAACGGAGAGCASCGUGUGGGAGGCCGGGGUGCGGGACGAAAGACACGCCCGUCGCCUGAUCGCCGAGGCCAGAUCGGUCAAUGCACACAGGGAGGUGCGGUCCUAAGCUUGAAAUCGACUCCUUUAUCUACCAUCUCAUUUAAAACUUGACCAGAAGGGUGGCCACGGAACUGAAAAGACCACAGUUUGUGUCGACGUCGCUACAGUGCUUCCUGUCCUGCACGUGUCGACACCCUUACCCUGCUCCGCAACUUUCUCUGUUUGACACUUUGAGCUUUCUUAAAUGUUUACGGCAGUCAGGCGUUUCUCCUAACAGCCAAGACUCGAUAUCAGAUGCCUUUAAAUGAAAAACGAGACUCUGUUGGAYGGCUUCCAUUCUGACUACACCUGCAAAGUCUUCAACAAAGAAGACUUGGACCAUGCCUUUAAGGAUGAUAGCACACAUUUUGUAGGAUCGACAUGUUUUUUUUUUUUCAUUUUUUGGAUCCAGGAAGACGGUUUGAUUCUUACGUAUUCUAUGAGCAAAAUGAUUUCAUCUCUCUUGUGGYGAUGCAGCAUAAUCUGACAGUAAAAUCGGGACUUUCAAUAAACUAAACCAACACUUUUUUUGUAUCAUGUUUCUGUAUUAUAGCAUAAAGCACAUCUUAAUUUUCAAAUGAUCUAUAUGUUAAAAGUUGUGUUUGCAUUCUGAAUGUUACAGCUCUCAGUCACUUCUUAGACAAAACAUCAUUCCUCUGUAUUUCCUUUYAUUCCCUGCUAGGAUGCACAUCUUGCUCUAACAUUAAGAGUUAUAGAGAUACACUUUUUUUUGGCUGUAGUAACCACAAUCACCUUUUAUGGAAACAGUACAUUCCUUGAUCUAAGAUAGGAUGUUUUAAAUGCCUUACCAAUAUGAAUGAAUUGCUACAGGAAGUAGUUUUGAAUAUCGUGACUGAGAUGGAACAGUGCCAAAACUGCCUUUUUUUUGGUUCAAAUUUGUUUACAUUUACUUUUUUUUAAUUCAACAGCCAGUUACUUUCAAUGGUGCACUUAUGUGCACCAAAGAAGAUGUUUGAGGUUUAGUUUAAGUCUUUGUUCCAAGAUGUAAGAUAUCUGGCAAAGCACAGACAUUUUCCUGUGUUGAACGCCUGUUGGGUUACUUUGGUCCRCAUUUGUUGUCAAAAAGAAAUUAAUAAUGCUCAUGAGUUCCAGAUGACAUCUUGGCUGCUGUAUCAGAAAUUUAUUGACUGUCUACUUUUUUUUUUUUUUUUAAUUAGAGUUCUCAAGGAGCAUUUUAAACUUCAAAUCAGCAUCGGAGCAAAAUUGGUGCCGUGUCAAGAAAAAAAAAAAACUAAAAGGAAAUUGACACCAGAUUUGAAAAWUUUUCUUUAAUAUUCAGCAAACCAAAUUCUUGAAAUGCAAAGUACACAGAGAGAGGAGUCAGACUGCUGACGUGUUUUUGUGCAAAAAAGAAAAACCAUAACGCUAAACGGAAAAUUAUGGCGGCYGUCUGGUGACAUUGGGU